AUGGCAGAGACUGCCGGUCUUGUUGUCGGUGUUGUCACCCUCGCUGGCCUUUUCAACACCACAGUUGAGUGCUUUGAGUUUGUCCAGCUCGGCCGCGCAUUUGGAAAGAGCUUCCAAACCAGUCAGCUCAAACUGGACAACGCAAGACUUCGAUUGUCGCGGUGGGGCAAGUCUUUGGGUCUAGAUGAUGUCCGAAAUACGGUAUCGCUUCAGGGGCGUUUUGGGUCGGAGGCAAACGUCAAGCACGCUAAAGCCUUGCUGGGCCAGAUCGUAGAACUGUUCGCGGAAGCUGAAGGUGUGUCGAACAGAUACAGGGGCCGCACAGAGCCUCAGGACAGCAGCCUUGCGGUAUACAAUCCACAAAUCGACCUGGAUCCGGCGAUGGCUAUGCUCCAUGAGAAAAUGCGCCAGCUAGCCAUUGAGCGCCAGAGCUGGUCUGGUAUACGGCAAAAGGCCAAGUGGGCGUUGUAUCAGGAGAAGCAGUUUAGACGACUGAUUGAGGACAUCACAGAGUUGGUCGAAGACUUGGACGUCCUUUUCCCCGCCGUUCAGCAUUUCCAGCGCGACCUCUGCGACAUCGAAGUAUCUACCAUCGGGGAAGGUCAAGGCAUGUCUGUAUUAAGAGAAAUUGCCGCUACGCAGGACAAACUGUUAGAACAGGCUAUCAUGAGGAGUACGCAGAGUGCGGACAAGUCGCACCACAUCAUCUUUUCAGGCAGUGGUAAUACUGGCCUUCAGCUGGGCCAUAACUCUGGCACAAUGUCAGGGUUCACAUUUGGGAGAGCCAAUUGA